AUGGCUGCAGUCGAUGACAAGAAACGCCAUGGAGGCUCAAAAGUGUCGGCAAUUGCAAAUAUAUUCCAGUCAAAACCACAACUAGAAAACCUUAGUCACAGAACAAAUGUUGUUUUAUCGGAUCCCAUGAAAGAUCCUCCAGCACCGUUGAAAGAUUCUCCUACGCAAGUAACCGUUGUACGAACAGAGAGUCACGUUGCUCGAUUUAACAAUGCAAGGGCUUUAUUUGAGAAACUUGGAGAGGAAAACAAGCCGCAUCGUCCAGUGGAUCGAGUAAUGAAACCAACAAAUUUACACGGACUUCGCUCACGUUCAAGUUCGGCUAAUUCUGGUUCCGGUUGUACAUCUCCUGCUCGGUCGCCCAGACCUAGGUCACCAUCGCCAACAGGUACAAGAGAUCAUUUAAGUAAUUGGAGUGCAAGUGUACCUGCUUUGAAUGCAGAGCGUCAUUUUGAGAAUGGGCAUAGUCAUGGCCCUGAAGCAGUCGUAGAUAGAUUAAGACCUAGACCAGGUUUUGGAAGACCUGAUAAAUUUGAGAAGAAUUAUGGAAAAGAAAAUCGAAUGGAUGAGAGACCGGAGAAGCCAGAAAAACCAGAGAGGAGAUUGAAUUCUAAAGAGUUAAUUGAGAAGCAAAAAAACUGGACCAGCCAUUUCUCUAAAACGAGGCCAAGCAGAUAUAAUUCUGAUCCGAAUAGAUCAAUAGUUCAAACUACUUUAAAUCAAAGUUUAAACAGGUCUACUGGAGAAAAUGCCACCUCAGUAUACUCUCCUGGCUUGCCAGCUCAUGAUAAAGAUUCGAGGGGAACAACAGAUGUCACUAAUAAUCUUGCGACCAGAUCGGCUAGCUUUUGUUCUACGAGACCAUCACCAAAUAUGUCUCCGCCUCCGCCACCCCCUCCAGCCAGAAUUUCGUCUACAAAUAGCAUUUGUUCAGGAAUCUCCAGAAAAGAACGACCUGCUAGUGUAGCUGCCAUUAGUCCUACUACUCCUGAAUUUCUUUCUAGUCCUAAAAGUCCAGAGUAUGCAACGGUAAAUAAAAAUUUUGAUGUGUUUUCAAACACUCCUGACUAUGCAGUUGUACAGAAGGGUCCAAUUGUACAAGCUUCAAAGGUCUCAAGUCUUGCAAGUAUGCAAAAAGAUCAAGAAACCUCCUUACCUGAAUAUGCUGUAGUGCAGAAGAAUGUAUCGGGCAGAGUUGUCCAAAAAAAUUCGAUGCCCUUAAAAGUUGAAAACGUUGAAGUAUCAAAAAUUUUUGGACAUUUGGAUAAUAAACAUAACACUUUUAAAAGUGGUACAGUUUCCGAAAGUUUCGAGAACCAGUCCAGCGUCAAAUCUAAUUUAGGUCCAGGGAAAAUGCAACAAAAUACAAAUUAUGUUUUAACUGACAGCUCAGGUUUUGAUCAAUUGCCUACUCCGGAUUAUUCUAAUUAUCCAAACUGUCCAUUAAGAUCUCCUCCUAAGACAUCAGAAUGGAAAAAUCAAUGGCUUGCCAAAAAUGAGGAAAUUUUAAAAAAUGCUGAUCUGAAUUCACAACCGUCGAAAGAAACUUUGAAUGAAAGUGUGAAGUAUGCAGAAAAACAUCGGUCAGAUUCAAGACCAAACUGGGCAAAACCAAGCGUUGAUACAGUGAAACAAAAGGAAGAAAUCAAUAGAUCUAAAACGGUAGACAUAUCAAAGUCACCUGAUAUCGAGCUUCGACCACCUUCAGCUUGCACAGACAGUACUUCAUCGGGCAUGAGUUCGCCCAGUUCUCCUUCAAAAGACAGUAAAGAAGAAAAAGCUGAUAAGGAGGUGCUAGAAAAGAAUCAAAAAGGACGUAACAGCUAUGACCUAGAAAUAGAGGAUUCGCAUAAACCAACUAUAUACACGGAGAAAACAGUAGAUCAUGAAUUCAGCCCAGAGAAACCAUUUAGUGAAACGGAUACAGCGACAGUUAUUCGAAGGUCUCAUCUUCGAGUGGACUUGCCUGCCGCCGGUUUGGGACAACGCCCACCUUCGGUUGUUAGUUCAGAUCAAGAAUACCCUCCAUUGGAACACAAAGAUAUACCAAUUCCGUCACCAUAUGCAAAAAGAUUACAGCAUGCACAAAUCUCUGAGUCUACGACACAAAGUAAACAAGGUCAUCAAUCGAAAGCGCAGAAUAUCGAACAAGGAAAAGGAGGAGCGCCACAACAAGACACGCUUUAUAAAUUUCAAGAAACAGCAGCUAAUCAGAGUUCUUCGUUGCAAUCUGCUAUAUUAAAGUCGCCAAAUUUAAUCGAUAGCCUAUCUCAAAUUCCGAAACCGGAAAUACCAUUAUAUGCUACAAAUGAUCAAUUAAACUUUUCCAAGCAGGAAGCACUGACUGACAACAAGGAAAUAUCUGACGCAACUAAUAGUGUCACAGAUCCAAAGUCUAUGCAGCAUAAAACGGUUAAUUUGGAAAAAUCCGUGACGAGUACAAAUCAAUCUCUGAAGGCUUCUACCAAUCAAGAUAAGAAUUAUUCAAAUGGCACAAAAUCAAUGACAGACUUCAUUAAUUCUGCUACUAAGGAUAGUUUUAACGAAAACGAAACAAUUUCUAUCACUACUACAGCUAAUACUACUACUACCACUACUACUACUACCAAUACCUCUAAGAUGAGAUCCGAUAUACAUGCUGCGAAAAAUUCUAAUUUGGAAGGCGCAAAUAAGACUUUGAAUACGUCAAAAGUCGAUGGACUUGGGCAAUCACAAACAACAUGGGAGCAAGAGAAAUUAAAGGCUGAUCAAAUUGCUGCUACAAAGUUGCAACAUAUGACUUCAAGUAAAUUUUUAUUGAAAUCCCAAGUUGUUGAAUCAACUGACAACUACCAGGAGGAACAUGUCUCAAGUUCGCAUGAAAGUAAAUCAGCCAGUGAUGAUAAAGUAUCUGAAAGUAGUUUGCAAGAGGACAGCGACUCCAGUGAUGCUAAAACCAUAACAAAUAUGGAAAGUCUUUCACCCCAUGCGAAGCAGAAUAUGAACGGCCAAGAUGCAACAUCAAUCAGACCCCGAGCUAGUCAAACAACUCCAGUAACUCCAGACACAAUGACUGCAGACGAAGCUGAAAAUCUCCUGAGCUCUCGCAUAUUGGAAAAGAAAAUUAGACAAGGAUCGGCUUUGCUAUCGGACGAGGAAGCUCAAGAAAUAGCCAGACUGUUGUCACCUACAACAACUACUGCAACACCUGGUGAUAAAGAUAGGGAGGUAGACAGAGACAACGAAAAAGAUAGAGAGGAACAAAACAACACCCCAGACUGGCUUUCCGAUGUUCUUUCUGCUCCUGAUUCCAGCCUAGUUAACAGUACCACUCACGAUUACAGUUUGUCUAAUAGGUCACGAAGUGAUCUGACGAUAGACUCCUUGACCGAAAGCCAAAUAGGCUCAGUGACAGGAAGUGAGAGCGAAUUGCUGGGAUCUGUCAGCAGCUUGAAUGACACGCAAGAAACUAAUGAUGAUACAGAAACUGAACACCAAGACGAUUAUACACCUGUGCCUGGAAAAAUUAUUUUAGUCGAAAAUGGAGUACAUUAUUACGAAGAUGGUCACUUUUGGAUGGAAGUUGCUGGUCUUCCUGAUUCAGACGAAGAUGACGAAGAUUUACUUCCGACAGUUAUACCUGCGAAGAAAACCAAUAUGAAAGUUUCAUUUGAUACAGGGCCAAUGCGGGUUUACUCGACACACUCGGUCAAUGAGUACGAUCGACGCAACGAAGAUGUUGACCCUGUUGCUGCAAGUGCAGAGUAUGAGCUUGAGAAACGUGUUGAAAAAAUGGAGGUUUUCCCAGUUGAACUAAUGAAAGGGCCAGAGGGACUUGGCUUGAGUAUAAUUGGAAUGGGUGUUGGUGCCGAUGCAGGCCUUGAAAAACUUGGUAUUUUUGUGAAGACGAUUACCGAAAAGGGUGCUGCUGCUCGGGAAGGUCGUAUUCAGGUUAAUGAUCAGAUUGUUGAGGUGGAUGGCAAAUCUCUGAUUGGUGUGACCCAAGCUUAUGCUGCAAGUGUUCUGCGCAAUACCUCAGGUCUAGUACGUUUUCUAAUUGGCAGAGAACGGGACCCUCGUAAUUCUGAAGUGGCCAUGCUCAUUCGGCAGAGCUUGCAGGCUGACCGGGAGCGUGAAGAAGCCAAUGGAUCUGCAACAAGAAGACUAAAUUUUUCGGACGGAACUUCGCCGGAUAGCCAACGAGUUGGUAUGGGUGAAGAAAACUCCUCGAUGAGUGGUUUGGGUGGAGGCAUACCUGGCUCUCCUACCAUGUCAUCUUGCUCGGAGGGCGAACCUCCAGCCAGCCCGAUUGAUGCAUAUUCGUCACCGGCUAGUCGAAGUCGGUCACCCAUCAUCAGUUCAUCUUUACCAUUGCCUUCUACUAUUCCAACAACGACGACACAGAGUGAUGUAGACAGUCUGCGAAUUCUCCUACAGGAGAGUCAGUAUAAGCUUGCCUUAGCCGACGGAGAGGUGGAAAACCUCAAAACAAAGUUGGUAGAGCUGGAGAAUACUGGAGCAGGGAGCGAAGAAUAUGCUGCAAAAUUACGUGAAUCUGGGUUGCGAUUACACGAAUCAGAGCGUGCUCUGAGUAUAGCACGUCAAGAUUUAGCAUCUGUCCGUGAAAUGCUCUCUCAAGCAACAGCUCAAAAUGCAACUAUUCAACAAAAAUAUGCACGGGCAAGACGGGCUGCCCGAGAACUCAGAGCUGAUGUUAUUGCACGAGAUGAGUUUUAUCAACAGCUUUUACAUGAGAAAGAUGCAGAGUAUAACUCAUUAGUGAAAUGCCUGAAAGACAGGGUAAUAGCAUUAGAAAUGGAAUUGACUGAAACUCAAAGGAGAUUCGGACUUCCAGUACGAUUGCCAUACGAUGGUGCAACAGCACGCAUUGUAACACCCCAGCCAACAAGACGCCAAAUGCCACCUCCACCUUCUGCUGCAAGUUGUCAAUUAUCAGAUACAGAGGUUUCUGAUCUCAGCAGUCCUGAUGAUGGAGACAAAACAGCUACUGUGGAACGCAAACUACCCUUGCCAUUACCGGUCAAAGAAGAACUCGAUCGAGCUGUGCCAGCUCAUCGUCUUCUUGAUAAUUCAGCAGGUAAAAGUAAAGCUGAACUUGCUAGUCGAGGUGGACUCGCAAAUCGUCAACUUCCCAAACGACCUGGUGGUCUCAGCAAUAGCAGCUCAGACUAUGGCUUAGAUGAGUCUGGUGAUAAUACAGAUGAAGACUUAUCUUCAAAGAAUACUAGUGCUCAUGACGGAAUAACUCGUUCUGCUAAUGAUUUGUCACGACCUUCAAACUUGAGUUCCUAUUCGAGCAGCUCAUCGAUCAGUUCACAAAAAAGUAAGCAACACUUGGAGUCAACUACAUCUGUGCGCCAACAUAGUACAAUUAGCUCGCAAGUUAGAGCUAUGACUGAACAAAGCUGGCCCCCUCCACAGAAAGGUCUUUCAGGCCCUCCUGCAUCAUUAGCAGAGCAAUUAAAACAAGUCUUAGCUGAAAGAGAGCGCAGGCUAGGUGGAAAUGAUAUGUCAUCUUCAAGAGAAAGUUCUGGGGAUUUCACGGACUUAAAUAAUCCUCAGUCCAGUGAUCCGACACUUGUGACACAUCAUUUGGUGGAGGAAAUUCGACAGGCUGUGAAUGAAGCAAGUCAAAGAGUUAAAAAAGUAGCAGUUCCUCCGCAGAACUUGAUUGGUAGUGGGAACGCACCCUGGCACCAUCCAGGUGGAUCUCCAUCAAGUCUUUCGUCAGGAGGUUCUAUUAGUCCACCUGGAGCUGAUCCGAGUCCAUCAAAAACUGGUAGCGCAGAUUCAAGUGAAGUUUGGCUUCCUCCUCAUCCCAGUGAUUUUGGCUUGGGAGAUAAAAAAACAUCCCACUUUUGGCAAAAUGCUCCUAUCACUGAUUGGUCUAAAGAACAAGUGUGCCAAUGGUUGUCAGCAAUGGGUCUCGAACGUUAUGCCCCACGUUUUGUUGAUGCUGGAAUAGCAGGAGGGGGUCUCUUAAGACUCGAAUCACGCGAUUUGAAAGCUCUUGGUGUCGCAGGAGAGGAAAAAGCACGACUGAAACGAAAAUUGAAAGAAUUGCGAGCGCAAGCCGAACGUGAGCGUAAGGAGCGCAAGGAGUUAGAACGGAUGCGACGCAAAGCUGAAAAGGCAGCUAAGAAAAAGUAAUUGUAGCAGACAGUCCUGAUAGAGAUUCCUACUUUUAUACAACUCAAAAGGCAAUAAGGAGUACGAAUUUUUAAAAUAAAUUCUGAAUAAAAACUCAGGCAGUCAAACCGGUAAUUUUUUUAUAUAAUGAUUCAAGAUUUAUCUUCAUUCCAUAAUGUAUAAGUCUCUCUCGCGGCUUGACCAUUGUUUAUUUUUUGCGAGGCAAUUAAAAAAAAAUAUAUAUGAAUCAUCUGAGUGCUCCACAUACAGUUGGAUCAUAAUCGCUUGAAUGAAAUGAGAUGAAUGAAUGCGUUAUUAACUAAAAUCUUUGUCUGUGUAACUUUUAAAAUGACAUAACUUCUCAAGACUAACUGAUUACCUGUUAUUAUCUUUUAAUCGAUCAGACCUUUAAAAUGUUUUCAGAGAGUAUUUAAUUUGGUUUUUCAUUCUACGGAUCUGAAGCACUCUUCACAUUGCGAAACAUUGUGAAACAUUGUACCUUUCAUUGACUACUGAAGUAUCUUUUUGUAUAGCUUCAUCAUAAUCAGACCUCUGGCUUAUCAAUAUUGUCUUACCUACCAGGUAUGAUAAAAAUGGCUACUUAGCGCAGGCACUGAGUACCACAUAAAUUAAAGCAUCUGUGGAAUUAAACGUUAUUGAUUUUGAGAGUGACCAUUUAGACAUACUGUUUUAAAAUAUUAAUAUUUCAUCAGUUUCCUUUACCUCAUUCAUAAUAACAUUACAGUCAUUUAAAUAUGCAAAAACAGUAACGAGCUAUUCGUUAUUAGCUCUGCAUAUAGUUUACUUUCCAAUAAAUUUCCAAUGAUUUUAGGUGGGCGAUGAAAAAAAAAUAGAUGUGUCAUCUGAAGGCAAUUAUCAAAGAAGAUUGCUUAUGCUGUUCAGUAUUAAAAGUAUUAAUAUUGUGAUCAUUACGCAUCAAACUAAGUACUCAAAUCCUAUUAAAAAUUGAUGACACGUAGCACGGCAAAGGUAAAGAAAGUAAUUAUAGAAUGUUACUAUGUAACUGAUAUAAUUUAAAGGCAUAGAAAGUCAAAUAAAUUUGGAGCUUGAUCCAUCAAACACAAAUCUAAAAGUUAAUGAGUUUCAACCUUCCGGUAUGAAAUUUAGCCAUUGGACAACAUUGUUUAGCUAUGAUUGGAUCAUUAAUUAUAUGUAGUCUGAAUAUAUAAUACUUCAGAUCCAACAACUCAUCAUUGAUUCAAUAUUUCUGUACAUCGACACUGCAAUAGUCAGACAUGUUUACUGAUUUGUAUACUCUGAUGUUAAAAAAAAGACGUACAAGUUAGCCCAUCUAUCAAUUUGAGUUAAGACUCGUGUGUUUAUUUUUAAGCAACGGCAUACUUUCAUUACUUUGGAUCAUACACGGUGCUGGUUGAUUCUUCCUUCCAACUAAUUUAGGUGGUAGACUCAUAACGCAUAAAUUCUCAUUUUUAUGAGGCACAAAAAUGCUGUAGCUGCAAAAACCUACAUCAUAAUGGUAGAAAAAGAAUAAUAGGUACUACUACAAUGGAUGAAUUCACGAUUAAUGUAAAAAAUCGCACCAAAGCAGGAGUACUUUUAUAAUUGCUUACUUGCAUGUAAUAAAGUUACAUUACUUUUUUCAGCUUCGACAAACAGUAGGAUAAUCCAUUUUUUGGUUGAAACUCUUCAAAAGUGUAAACUGCAAAAUUUUUACAGCUUUUUCUAUGUAAUUAGCAUGUUGCACUUUAUGAAAAAAUGGUUAUUUUCGUAUUUUUGUAUUAGUUUACUCUUAUUAUUAGUGGUUAUUGUUAUUCAAUAACCAGAAUUGAACCUGACUACGUGAAUUGUUAUCGCGUUGGUAUGUAUGGUAUGAAGGCAUGUUUCAUUGUGUGUACGUACGUAUGGUUUGUAUGUAUGUAUCAGUAGUUCAAAAGUGUAAUAAAGUAAAUGUUUCUUCAUUUUUUCGUGACUGUACUUAUGUCUUGGAGUCGAGACAGUAAGUAGCACGUUAUCGAAAUAAAUAUUUGUUUUUAAAUAUUUAUUUUAAUAUUUUCACGCAUUACCUUAUAUCACUAUUCUAUAGCGUAUCUACCGUUAUAGCUCGAUAUGUUUGAAUUAAUAGUUGUUGUUUCACAUCAUAUACACUAUCAACGAAGUUUUUUAAUACCGACACAUUUAAUCACAUAAUUAUAGUCUAAAAUAUGGGCAUGACCUAUACAUUUUCUUCAUGGAGUUUUGCUCAAAAUGUAUUUCAUAUCAACGACUGGUCAUAUUUUCAACAAUCCAAUUAUCAAGCUUAUAUAAGAAACCCUUUUCAAUGUGCAGUGUGUCAUAUAGUCAUAUAUUUUGAAAAACAAUAUUUCUUCACUACGUUAGGUACGUUAGGUAACGGGUUGUACCUGUACCAUUUUGUACAGUAUUUCGAUCAGCAAGACUUGCCAUUUUUAAUAAUCGUAUUUUCUUAUGUUGAUUAUUUCAUCAGAUUUUUCGUACAUCAUCAAAAUUCUUUGCUUCUGUAAUCAUAAAGUUAUAACUAGAGCAAAACUGAUAUAUUGUGUUUUGUACUUAAUUAUAUGUUGUAUAAAAAAAUUUCUUGAAUGGGUUAAUAGACUGUAAAUAUUUGGUUUUAAGAUUAGUUAUAGAAUUGCUGAUUUUAUUAUUUUAAAACAUAUCAGACAUUAGACAGACACAUAUUCGAAACUUGUUCUGUGUCAUGAAAUUCUUACUAUGAAAUGAGAUUACACAAUGUGUACAAUUUUACCUGUUGUGACUCUCAUUUUGUUUUAUGCAAUUUACAUACAAAGAAAUGUAUACGGAUGUGCGUGUACUUAUUUAUAAUAAUUCUAAGAUUUAUGUUCAGCAUUACAAAGUGUUUUGAAUUUGAGUUUGAUUGGUCGAUGCUGCGUACUGGACAACGUUUUUAAACUUAAGUGUAAGGUAUUAAGAAUAACACAGACGGAAUAAAACGGCAUUAUAUUAAUUGGGAAACACUUUGUAUAUACAUUAUAUAAUAAUAUCUAUAAUUAUAAGUAUUGACGUUAACGAUAAAUCUUAUGAUUUAUCGAGGUAAAAGUAAAACAUCAUAAUUGUAGUGUCAUAAUACUUCAUAACAUAACAUAAGUUAAUUAAUGCAGGUGUUAACUAAACUUACCAAUUUCGUAUCAAUGCGUUUAAAGUUUGAACCAAGAUAAUCAGAAAGAUUUGUACUAUUGCUUUUAUUGAACAUUUGUUCAAAUUACUGAAGAGAUGAAUUAAGCAAGAUCGAAAAGUGCCAAAAAUUUUGUGCUAUAAGCGUUUCGUAUUUAUUUACUGAGAAUCAUAGGUUUUUUCUUCUGAAAACUAUCGUAUUCCACAUCUCGCUACAAAUGAGAGACAUUUUUUUAUCAUUUGGAUUCUUGUUAAUUCAACUCUUUGGCUGAAGAUUCUAGAUAUCAGUAAUGUAAUAAUGGGUUCAUUACCACCACGUAGCUAAAACUGACUGAUUUAAAAAUAAGUUUUAUAGCUCACUUUUUAAUAGAAAUUAUGUGUGUAACUUUGUAGGUAAUACCGAAAAUAUCACGUGAAAAAUAUUAGCAGUAGUAUGACAGGCGAAACCAUUUAC